AUGGGUGCUGAACAGGCUAAAACUCGACGUAAAAAAGGUGUUAUCUAUUCAAAAGAAAAUAAUGAAAUAGUUGAUUGUUUAUUUUGCCGUAUUGUACGAGGUGAAUCACCAGUAAAUCCAUUAUGGUAUCGUGAUGAUCAAUGUGCAGUUUUUAUACCUAGAGGACCAGCUGGACGAUUACAUUUGCUAAUAGUACCAUUACAACAUAUUCAAACUAUUGAUACACUUACAGAAGAACAUCGACCAUUACUUGAACAUAUGAAAAAAGUAGCAAUGGAACAACUUUGUGUGCAUGCUCAACAUAUUGGAACUGUUGAAUCUCCACUAUUACCUCUCGCACCACCACCAUCUCAUUAUGCAUUUAAUCGAGGACAUUUACCAGUAUUGUUGUCGUCAUCUGAGAUCGUCAAGGAUGAGAAAAUAUCGAUGGAUCCUUCAUUUAUUUUUUGUUUUCAUCGUCCACCUUAUAAUUCAAUAGAUCAUCUUCAUUUACAUGCAAUUCAAAAACCUUUUCGAAGUUGUUGGAAUCGAUUCAUGUUUGCAGAACAUGCACCUUGGCAUGGAUCAAUGCACAAUGUUCUUCUUAAUUUAUCCUCGGUGAAUGCUAAAUUAUGA